GUAAGAGAUCAUUUGCUAUGCCGAGUAAUGGAACUUCCAUUGUUUUUUUAACUUUCUGAAUAGUAGGAAGAGAGAGCGAUGGGAAACGCGAACUGUAUAUUCUUGGGAUGCGUGGAGCAGGCGAGCAUAGGUGUGGUGGAGAGAUGGGGUCGGUUUGAGCGGCUGGCGGAGCCGGGGCUCCACUUCUUCAAUCCAUUGGCCGGCGAAUGUCUGGCAGGACUUCUCUCCACCAGGAUCAGCUCUCUCGAUGUCCGUGUCGAAACUAAAACCAAGGAUAAUGUCUUUGUCCAAUUGCUCUGCUCGAUUCAAUAUCGAGUAGUUAAAGAAAAUGCUGAUGAUGCAUUUUAUGAGCUGCAAAAUCCCAAAGAGCAGAUUCAGGCUUACGUGUUUGAUGUGGUUCGUGCUCAUGUCCCAAGAAUGACACUCGAUGAGCUCUUUGAGCAAAAGGGUGAGGUUGCCAAAGCGGUAUUGGAGGAACUUGAGAAGGUGAUGGGAGCAUAUGGAUACAGCAUAGAACACAUAUUGAUGGUGGACAUUAUACCAGAUGCCUCCGUCCGCAAGGCGAUGAAUGAAAUUAAUGCAGCUCAAAGGCUCCAACUUGCUAGCGUAUACAAAGGAGAAGCAGAUAAGGUGCUCCAAGUGAAGAAGGCCGAGGCCGAGGCUGAAGCCAAGUACUUGGGUGGGGUUGGCGUAGCCAAGCAGAGACAGGCAAUUACAGAUGGCUUAAGAGAGAAUAUAUUGAAUUUCUCUCAUAAGGUUGAAGGCACCUCAGCUAAGGAGGUGAUGGAUCUCAUAAUGAUCACUCAGUACUUUGACACAAUCAAGGACCUUGGGAACUCAUCGAAGAACACUACUGUUUUUAUACCCCACGGCCCCGGUCAUGUUAGGGAUAUAACUGACCAGAUACGCAACGGGAUGAUGGAGGCGACCAGUGGUAAUGUCAAUGUUGAUAACAUCAACCUGUGAUGGAAUCUCCCUCGUUAAUACUGACAUAGAUGCGAGUUUACUUUAAAGAGUUGGAUGAUUGUAAAGGGUGGUAUAAAAAAUGGUAAGAUACGUACACAAUGUCAAUAGAUCUUCAACAAGGUCAUAAGAAUGAAGCAACCCAGCUACUGGUUUUGCUCUCACUUUUUAAUUCUGCCUAAUUGUGAAUGAUAUGUUAUUUGUAAGAAAAAUCUUGUACCAAGUUUAAUCUCAUGCAUGGGUUGUGCCAUAUGGAAGAGAUUGAUCCCUGCA